AUGACUCAGUGGAUACGAGCUUUUGAGAGCUUUCUAGCCUUUUGCAAAGAACGCAAAACUCCUGUGGUCGUCACUGCUGGCAACAAACCAGCGGUCGAAUACGUUCAUGACAGCUAUCCGCAAGCACUUGCGCAGCCUGACGACACAACGAUCAUUGUUGGGGAAGUAACCAAAGCCGAUCCUGAUCGAAAGAUUUCGGUUCAUGCCCCUGCCGAAGGUUUUGCGGUACCUAAGUCGGGUGGCGUGACACCGGGCGCGGGCGAACAAGCCGGCACAAGCCAAGCUGCCGCAACUGUGUCCGGUCUCAUCGCCUAUCUCUAUGGCCUACCGAAUUGGCAGCAGACCGAAUACGUGCGGACAACGCCUAUCAAGCGACUAUUGCAAGACCACGCGUGGUUAAGAAGCAAUGCACCAGUACCUGCGGGGUAUGGGCCGGCCAAAGUCGUGUACAAUCUUGCAAGAGGCGACUGGCAACACGACUCAAAUUCGGCUGCGCCCUCUUCCACGCAUUCUGCAAGCGGUAGUACGUCCCCUACAUCGAGCGUCUCGUCUGUUUCUAAGCCUAGCACAUCACCUGUGAGAUCUAAAAGGCAGUCCUCAAGCUCGCAAUCGGACCUGAUCUCGUCUGCUAAAACCACUAACGUAUCGUCGUCUUCCGCUACGCCGUCUCCCAAGACUUCCAAGACGUCUACGCCUACUCCCACUCCCACACCGACAUCCAAGCCUCCCCCGCCCGAACCACACCCGGAACCCACGGAACCUCCUCAGCAACCAGAGGAAAGUUACGGUGUGUUGAGUCCGACAGCUAAGCCGUACUCCCAUAAUUGCCUAGAUGCGAUUGGUCUUAACAUGGUGUGGUGCGCGAGAGUGGGCAUGUAA